ACACACUAGAGAUGACAGAUAUAGGAUUUUCAUAAUGACAGCAAGAUAAAACGAUUUCGUUGAAAUAUAUUUGUGUUGUUUUUGCUGAAGAACUUGCGAUUUUCUAAAAAAAAUGGCUUGUAGUCCACCGACAAAACCUCCUCGUGGAGUAAAAUAUGUUAAAGAGACGAGUGGGUUGUUGAUGUCAGUAAUACGAUCUUUGUCUGCAAGUGAAACUACUGAGCAACGAGAUAGAGAGAAAGCUAAGCUCGAGAAAGAAUAUAAACAUAGUGAUAAAAGAUUAGAUGAUUUAGUAUUGGAACAUGAACAAAAUCUUACCCAGGUCAUGCAAUUAUUUGCAAAGCUAUCAGCUGAUGUAACUUCUUCAAGAGAAAAAAUCAAUUUAGUGAAAGAAAAUCUCCAUGCUUGUAAACAAUUACUUCAUUGUCGAAGAGAUAAAUUGAGAAAAUUGUGGUUGGAGGGAAUUGAACAUAAACACGUUUUACAACUCUUGAAUGAAAUAGAAUAUAUUAAAAAGGUUCCAGCUCAAUUAUCAAAUUAUAUAUUGAAAAAACAAUACUUGCAAGCAAGCAAAUUGUUAGUAUCGGCUAUGAAGCUUUGCGAGGGUUCACUUAACAAUGUUGAGGCUUUGAGAGAAGUGCGAUCUGAUUUAAAAUUACGUAAGGAAACUUUGAAUUUAAAGAUAUUAGAUGAUUUAAGUCAUCAUAUUUAUCAUCGAUACACACCUGAUAUUUUGGCUUUACAAAAACAAGGAUCUGGUCAUGACAUAUUUUCAUCUCCAUUACAACAAUUCAACCAGAAUAGGCCGUUCAAUGAUAAAAGUGCCUCAAAGUCCAAAAGAAAUUUAAUGUCAUCUGUAUUGAAUACAGAUGUGUCUUUUCUUAAGAAUAUUGAACAUAAUUUUGAGGAGAUGACAGAAAAUCAGAACAUAAUAGACCCAGAGUUGAAUCCUUCUUAUUUUCUUGCUACAAUUAUUGAAAGUUUAGCCUUGUUGGACAGAUUGCCAGAAGCAAUAGAGGUUAUUAAAGUGCAAAUGCAGACUGAGUUAUUAGAUAUAAUAUCUCGAACAUCUCAACAAAUAUUAGAAAAUCUGAAUUUACCUCUACCUCAUUCAGAGAACUUGCAAGUUACUGCAAAAAGUGCCAUAGUUAUUAGUGAUUCAAAUAAAGCAAGUGCAUUGUCAAUUUUACUUUAUGCUUUAUUUGAACAGAUUCGAUUUGUUGCUAAUAAUCAUGCCGUUGUUAUUAAAUUUCUUAAUCAAGCUUUGAGUAGACAUAAACUUUCUAUCAAAGCUUAUGAAAUGUCUGAUUAUUGGUCAAAAGUACAAGCUGUGCUCCAACUUCUCCUUACUGACUACCUUGAUAUACAAAAUAUUUCAGAACCUAAUCCAGUUGGUUACUUUGAGCAUGCUAGUGACGUUAGUUCAUUCUUUACUCGGCGCAAAAUUCAAAGUAAAAAAAGAAGUUACCUAUUUAAAUUUGACCAUUCUUCAAAUGCUCCAGCUGAGUCUUUGGAGCAACAUGUUACGGAUAGCAGUGAUAAUUUUUCUUUGGAAGGUCGUAAACGAUUUAUUCAAAAAAAGAAACGUGAUAAAUUUUUGGUUUGUCAACCUACUCCAAAUAAUAUAACAAUAAUAUUUAUACCUGUAAUAAAAUUUAUCGAAGAAAUUGAACAAGAAUUAGACUGUAAACCAGGGGUACAAUGCACAUUAAAUGCAUUUUUAGCAGAUUAUAUGAAAGAAGUGUUUUUAGGGAGGUAUCAUUUAUAUAUAUCAUCUGAAGUGGACGCUGCCACAAAAAGCCAUGAUGCAUGGAGAUCUAUAAUUGAUACAGAAAAAUCCAAGGAUACACCAUUGCAACAACGGCCUUUACUGCAAUCAACAGUACUAGUAAAUACUUUAAUUUGGGAAACAAGAAACUUAAUGUUAAAUAUACCUUUGUAUACUGAUAAUUUUUUCUCUGUGAUAUGCAUGGUCUUGAAACAAUAUCGUGAAAUUUGCCAAUCUGCAUAUCGUGGUAUAGUUCAACCAGAUACAGAAGAUAAAAGAAUCUGUAGUGCUGCUUGGUUAAAAGAUGAAGAUAUAUGCAGAUUUCUUAAAACACUGCCAAAUUGGGUUGAUUUAAAAGCGCAACAGUUUAAUGACAUAAAAACCAAUAACGUUCGCAGACAUGGCCGACAACAGGAAUCAACAGAAGAGGAAAGUCCUGAAGAUGUAAAACAACGAAAUUCUAGGGAAGCUGAAAUUUUAAUUAGUAACUUAGGAGAAGAUGGGAUUAAUGCUCAUGAAAUUUUAAGCGAUGUUAUGGUUUUGAAAGAGCUUGCUAUUUUGCAAGAAAGCUUGGAAUGGUUCUCUGCAAACAUGAUUCACCUAGCAAAUGAACUGCAGCAACAAUCUAUGAAUGCAAAUGUAUCUGAGCCUAAGCAUUCUGUUCCAAGUGCCCCUAUUGUGAAAGAAAGAUCUUUGAAAUGCUUAUUAAAUUUAGCACAAGAAUUUGACGAAUUAGCUAAUACUUGUCUUCUUGUUCUGCAUCUAGAAGUUCGAAUUCAAUGCUUCCAUUAUUUACUUCCAAGGUCUGAUCAAUACUAUAAAUAUUAUAAUUCUAAUGUCAAUGAUACACAUGAACCUGAUACACGGGUGCAGGAUUUUGCAAAACUUCUUGUCACGAUCGACGAUGCUAUGGGAUUAUCACUUGCUCCUAGAAAAGUAAAGUACAUUUUUGAAGGAUUGGGACAUUUAGUAUCAAAAAUUCUAAUAAACGCAUCUCAAUACAUGGAUCGUAUUGAUGAUGUAGGUAUUCGUAAAAUGUUUCGAAACGUAUUUGCCUUACAGCAAACUCUGAGUAAUAUCACUAUGACGAGGGAGGUGGCUCUUGAUUAUGCACAUCAAUACUAUGAAAUGCUAUAUUUAGAGCCAGAGGAAAUUCUUAAUGAUAUUAUUGAAAAUGGAUGUCAAUUUACUGAAAUAGAAUAUAUUAAUGCCAUUCAACUUGUACAUCGAAGUAGGACUGGAAAUAAGGAAUCAUCUAGUGUUAAUACUUAUUUACAAAGGUUAUCACAAAUACUAGGAAAUAUUGGUGUUACUGUAUAA